AAAGAAGAAACAAUAUGGUUCUCAGAACAUUAUGUGCUAGCUGUGUCUCAAGUAAUUAGCCAACUUUCAGUUUUCACAUUUACACUAAACUUCCUCAAUUUGUAUUGUUCAACCGCCAUCAUUGUUAAGUAACAGGAAAUAUACAUGCAAUACUUUUGACACCACUCUCGUUAUAACUGCUUGUCACUCAUUUUAUUGGAAGCAGUUGGCUUUUAAGACAUGUGCCGGUGCCAUGGUCACUGCUGGUGUUUUCCUUGGACCUGUAGCCUCAUGUUUUGGCACCUCUUUUCACAACACAAUGAGCCCAUUGAUGUGGAUUGUGAUGAUGCUCAUUUUGUCUCAGGCCUCUGGCACUAGUGGUGUGGUUUGGAAAGCUGAUUACCCGAAAGUUGUUUUUACCAAAUUGGGAGAAGAUGUGACCAUACCAUGCAAUGUUACCUAUCCCCGGUCCCAAUCUAAAGGGCCUAUCCAAGCAUACUGGAAACGCCAGGGAAAUACUCAACUAAACAUCAAUGAUAACGACAGGAAUGAAUUCCUCUAUCACCCCAACAACACAUUCGUCAUCAAGAGUUUUCAAACCAGGACCAACCUGAUAGGAAAUAUCACCAAGGGAAACUGCUCCCUGAAGAUCAAUAUAAUUCAACAUGGCGACAUUGGGCACUACUACUUGAGAAUUGCCACUGGAGCCGACAACUAUAGUUUUAAAAUAGAUCUUGUCUCCAUUCAAAUAUCUGGAACCUCCGGGACUAUUUCAACCAUACCAAAGGACAUGUCAAACACAGUUGAUUCCACAACUACAGUCCCACUAGCCACCACAGAAUACGCGCUAUCCACGGCCACAUAUAUUGCCACCACGGUCCCAGUGGUUGCAGUUCUACUGGUUGCUGUAUUGGGGAUUGUUUGGUUCUUCAUGUACAGGAAAAGGUCCAGGGGUGUCACUAAGCAAGAGUCUGGAUAUUAUGCUAAUUUCACCAUGACAACUCCAACGACCAAACCUGAAAGAGUCAAAACUACAAAGAAGAAAGAUGACACCCAAGUUCCUCCUCCAAAGGUCAUUGAUGAGCCCGUCUAUGGCAACGUCCAGGGUCCAGACGAUCCGAUGGACAGUAUGGAUCAAAUGGACAGUGUAUAUGCAAAUGUAGAUCAUACAAAACAGUGAUGAGGCUGCAUCUCAGAUAUCAGCACUGCUUAAUAAUGCGAAUGUGUGUGUGUGUGUGUUUUUAUCUUGAUUGUUUUCUUGUCAAAAGGCAGCUUACAGUGUCAGCCCUCAUUUCUAGUAUCCUGUUUGACUUUCACUUGGUUAGACAAUAAUAUGUGCAGUUUGUUUGUUAAAUGUAAUAUACAUAAUUCAGUAUGUAACUAUUUUUUAAAGGACUGGCUUUCAAAUAAACAUACUUACUGAGAUGAUAUGC